AAGGAGGUGACACAUACUCCUGAUAAAAUAUAUAGUGAGAGAAGGACAUCUCUAUAAAAUGAUUUCUUAAGAUCUAUUUCUGUACCACCUUACAUUGAUUUUUACACAAGACUGUUUUAUCACUGAAUGAAGUGUUGGGUGCUCGUGAAAUAAUGAAUUUCAAUAUUUUCAGUGUUUUCGUUCUUCUAAGCUUAUAUUUGAGUUUAACUGUCAGUUCAGCAUUUCAGUUGAAACAGUCCAAAAGAGAUGAAGAACAUUUGAGUGUAGGACAAUUAUUUGCCCAAAUGUUGGACAGUAUUCUUGGAGAUUCAAAAAAUAUGACUGUUAAUAGCACGACUUUACCGUCUACUUUUAGUUGGUUCACCAACAAAUUCUCAACCAAUACGGCGGGAACAAGCAAAGGAACACCAACACAAACAAGCACGAAAGUUACCACAUCUUCUCAAUUAGGAGUAACAAACACUAGUAAUGUACAACUACCAUCUACAAAUGUUACCAGCGAUGGGAACGUGACUCGAUCACCGACAUUGUCUCGCCCUUCAUCUACGACGUCUGGUUUAAUGGAAGCACGGUGCGGGGCAGAGUUUACAUUAACAGAGUUGUGUGGUACUGGGCUUUCUUCACUUCUUGUCGACUUGAACAUUUGGGAUGUGUAUGGAAUUAUGUUCUCUAAUGACGUCAUUGAAGCAUUGCUUCUAAAUUGUGCUACUGGACAUUGGUGUUUAUACGAUGAGUUUUCAUAUUGGAAUGGGUUAAUGAUGGAGAAAGCUGCCAUGGUCAAAGAUUCUGAAAUCUUCUCUCAGAUUUGUCAAACGCAUUCCUUGUCCUGUUUUGACACCUUUCUGACCAAUGUCACCGGAUGUCCUAUACAAGAGAGAAUGAACUUUACUGUUGAAGCUAUAAACAUGCUUUGUGAUAUGAGAAAUGACCAUCAGCUGGACUUAACCUGUUAUGGUCAUUUAUUGGCAGCAUUUCACGUGACAGUCGUGGAAUUCCUUAGAGACAAUAAUAAUAAGAAAUUACAAGAAGGUGUAUUUGAAGAUGCUGCCUGUCAAAGUCCAGAAGUUUUGAUGACUAAGAGCGUACUCUGUGUAGAGGCAAAAUGUCCUAGCCAUAGUGAACUCCUGUUGAAUUUCUCGCCAUGGCAAUGGUUCAGUCCAAACGUAAGUAAAAUCCAGACAAACUGCCACUUACCAGCAGACACGUGUGAUGAAGAUGCCACCUUUGGACCAACAGUAACCACUUCCACUUAUAUGACUACAGAUGAACCGAUGACAUCCACUGUGCCAACACAAACAACUGUUAUUCCUGGGAUGGCUAACGAUGCAUUAACUGGGUCUGGUAAUGGAGAGGACAGUAAUACAAAUGAUGGAUCUUUCAUUUCCGAAAUGACGAUGAUUUUAGGAGUUUGUGCUGGUUUAAUAAUAGCAGUAUCCGGUUUCUUUGUAUUGAUAUAUUCUUGUUGGAGAAAACACGGAUUGAGGAGAAUAGACAAGGUUGGAUACACACCACUGAGGAAUCAGGACUGACUAAUAUUGGAUGAUUAAUACUACAAUCAUCAUCAGACCCAACACAUGUACAAGUUUCUUUAGUCAUUGUAGUAUUAUCUUUUUGUUGUCAGAUUGACAAAUAUGUCCGUGCUUAUAUUGCAAAUAAUCACAAUGAAUACUAUAGUUCUUAUAUUUGUUUUCAACAUUUAUUUAUUUUUUUACGUUAAACCGACUUUAGGAAUAAAAAUUUCAAUAAACUUAAAGACACUGACAUGUCACAUUAUAAUGCAACGGAAAAAUAAAUGUAUUAUUCAUUUGUCCAUAA